CAGCGCUCCGUAGGCGCAGCGCGGGGGAGCCGGGCCGAGCCGCGGCCAUGGGGCACCCGCCGCUGGAGUUCAGCGACUGCUACCUGGACAGCCCCGACUUCCGAGAGCGCCUCAAGUGCUACGAGCAGGAGCUGGAGCGAACCAACAAGUUCAUCAAGGAGGUGAUCAAGGACGGCAACGCGCUCAUCGCCGCCAUCCGCGGUUACUCCUCAGCAGUGCAGAAGUUCUCCCAGACUCUGCAGUCCUUCCAGUUCGACUUCAUCGGUGACACACUAACAGAUGAUGAGAUCAAUAUUGCCGAGUCCUUUAAGGAGUUUGCAGAGCUGCUGCACGAAGUGGAGCUGGAGAGGUCCAUGAUGGUGCAGAACGCGAGUGAUCUGCUGAUCAAACCUUUGGAAAACUUUCGGAAGGAGCAGAUAGGGUUCACCAAGGAAAGAAAGAAAAAGUUUGAGAAGGAUGGUGAGAAGUUUUACUCCAUGCUGGAUCGCCACUUGCAUUUGUCUUCCAAAAAGAAGGAAUCUCAGUUACAGGAGGCUGACCUUCAGGUGGACAAAGAGAGACACAAUUUCUUUGAGUCCUCCCUGGAGUAUGUGUACCAGAUCCAGGAAGUACAAGAAAGCAAGAAAUUCAGCAUUGUGGAGCCGGUGCUGGCAUUUCUCCACAGCCUCUUCACUUACAACAACCUGACAGUGGAGCUGACACAGGAUUUCCUCCCAUACAAGCAGCAGCUCCAGCUCAGCCUGCAAAACACAAGGAAUCACUUUUCCAGCACCCGGGAGGAGCUGGAAGAUCUGAAGAAGAGGAUGAAGGAGGCACCCCUGACCUGCAAACUGCCUGGGCAGCCAACCAUCGAGGGCUACCUGUACACUCAGGAGAAAUGGGCUCUGGGCAUCUCCUGGGUGAAGUAUUACUGCCAGUACGAAAAAGAGGCAAAAACCUUACGGAUGACACCCAUAGACCAGAAGCCUGGAGCUAAGCAGGGCACCUUGGACCUGACCCUGAAAUCCUGUGUAAGGAGAAAGACUGACUCCAUAGACAAAAGGUUUUGUUUUGACAUUGAAACUAAUGAAAGGUCCGGGACCAUCACGCUGCAGGCACUCUCAGAAGCCAACCGCAGGCUGUGGAUGGAGGCCAUGGACGGGAAGGAGCCGAUUUAUCACAGUCCCAUCACGAAGCAGGAAGAAAUGGAGCUGAACGAGGUGGGCUUCAAGUUUGUUCGGAAGUGCAUCAAUGCAGUGGAGACCAAAGGAAUCACUACGGAGGGCGUGUACCGGACUGUUGGCAGCAAUAUCCAGGUGCAGAAGUUACUGAAUGCCUUUUUUGAUCCAAAAUGCCCUGGGGACGUGGAUCUCCAGAGUGGGGAUUGGGACAUCAAGACCAUUACCAGCUCACUGAAGUUCUAUCUCAGGAACCUGUCUGAACCUGUCAUGACAUACAAGCUCCACAAAGAGUUGGUCCUGGCUGCCAAGUCUGAGAACCUGGAUUACAGGCUGGGAGCCAUUCAUGCACUGGUCUAUAAACUGCCUGACAAGAACAGGGAGAUGUUAGAACUCCUCAUCCAGCACCUCGUCAACGUCUGCGAGCACAGCCGGGAGAACCUGAUGUCACCAUCCAACAUGGGGGUGAUCUUCGGGCCCACCCUCAUGCGAGCACAGGAGGACACUGUGGCUGCCAUGAUGAACAUCAAGUUCCAAAACAUCGUGGUGGAGAUCCUGAUAGAGCACUUUGGGAAGAUCUACUCUGGCCCCCCUGAAGACACCACGGCCCCCCCGGUGCCCCCCCCCAGGGUGGCUGCCCGGCGCCACAAGCCCAUCACCAUCUCCAAGCGUCCCCUGAGGGAAAGACCCGUCUUCUUUGGUGCCUCUGUGGAGGAGAGCACAGAGAGGCUCAGCCAGACCCCCAACGGGGGCGGCGUGGAGGCCCCCAGGCCCCUGCACCGCAGCCGCGUGCCCGCGCCCCGGCCCGGCGGGGACGAACCGGGCCGUGCCCCCGCCGAGAGCCGGCCCCAGCCACGCACCGAGCCCGAGCUGGGCAAACUGGGCAGCAGGCUGCAGGAUGGAGGGGGGAAAACAGCUGGCAGGGCGGCCAACGGGGUGGUGACCAGCCCUGUCCUGAGGACAGCCACGCUGCAGGCCAGGAGACCCGCACCCCGGCCGGGCAUCUGCGGCAGAGAGGGUGACUGUGACGGUGUCCCUAAGCCACGUUCCCAUGGUGAUAAGCCCGUGAUAACGCGUCCCCCCGUGAGACCUCCGGAUCCACCCUGCCGGACUCCCAUCCCUCCAAAGCUGGAGCAGAGGCCAGAUCUGAUAGCAGGGACAGCAGAGGAGAUGCCCUCAUCUGUGGUGGCCUCUAGGACCAAGUUCUUUGAGACUGCUUCCCGAAGAACAGGCAGGUCUUCAUCACCACAAGGCAGGAUUCCACUUGACGAGAGCUGAGGCUAAAGGCUUUGUAAGCACACCUCAGCCCAGCUGGACCCAGGAGACUUUCUGUGCUUGUGACCCAGGAGUCAGAGCUGAGCCUUGCCAGCCCCAGUGCCCUGGAGAGCAGCUAUCUUACUGGACGAUGAUUUCCGAGCCACAAGUGGCUCAUGAAAUUAGGAGAGGGAGACCACAAUGGAGAGCAGGUCCUGCCCACACAUCUGUGUUGAACUGUUGCCUCCCACCUCUCCUCCCUGCAGGCUGUGACAGUGCCAGUGUGUGCCUGCAGAGGUGAUGGCAGCAUGGGGACACAGACUGCCUGUUCUCCUGCUCACUUUUGGGAAACACGCCUUGAAAAGGCUUUUUGGACAGCACAAAGGCUGAGUCCCUGUGUUUGAUGUAAGGGCAAAUCAGCUGCAGUCUCUCCUUGCCCUGAGAAGCCCCUUCCUUUGUGCUUGUGUCCCUCACUUGGUGAGUGUCAGUAUGUGGGACAGCCGUGCCUGGUAAUGCUGCCCAUGGUGACACAGGCUGGGCAGGGAUGGGGGAACCACUGUGCUCAGCUCUGUGGGGUCUCUUCAUCUCCUCCUGGACGUCCCUGGCUUGGGAUGCCAUGGGACAGACACAGCUGGGCCAUGGCCACAGCCUUACCUGGGGUCAGCUCUCAGGCAGCACCCUCGGGUCUGCAGCCUCCAAGGGUGCAGCUGGAGGAAGGGAACAGCAGGUGCUCCUCCUCUUCCUCCACUGCUUCCUCUUCCAUGUGAGCCACACUCCCACCAGAUCCACUUCUCACAGGCCCACCAAGAAGUCUCCAUCCUGAAGAAGCACAGAAGUGCUGAAGAUCUGAAACUCACUGUUCGUGGGUCACACCCAUUGUUUUUUUAAGAACUGCCCAGUUUCUUGUUUGCUUGUUUAUUCAUUUCCAGUAUGAGAUGCCCAGUGUGUCCCUCAGCCAUGGUCCUGUGGAUGAUGUCCCCUGGCCUGGGAGGUGUCUCUGGCCAGGAUCUCUGUAGCAGCAGAGGUUUGUAGAGGUUUGUCUGUUGCUCCAGCUGUCACCUGGGCCCAGCUCCAGGCUGUGCUUCCCUGCUUCCUCCACCCAAAGAUGACUCCCCCCUUUUGAAUGGUUUUCUUUAGGCACUGAGACCAUUUGCAAAACAGUGGCCAAACAUUCCCCCAGCUGCUUCCUGGGUGCUCCAUGCCUUGAGUGUGCUGUGUCCUGCCUGGAGCAGGUCCUGCCCCCCUCCUGGCACUGCCUGUGUGACCUCGUGUCCCUGAUUGCUGAAUGGCACACACUGGCACUCAGGUGUGUCGUGUCCAUGGUGCUCUCACUCCCUUGGCUUCAGCACUGCUCCCUCCUGUAGGCCUGGCACAUGAAAGUGGCUUUCAAACCAAACCAGCCCUGUGCUGUGGCAGCUGAGGCUGUGCCACAUGCACUGGCAGCACCUGGGGCUGUGCUGGGCCCCUCCUGCUGCAGCCCCUCACCUGUGGUUCUGAUCAGGGAUCUCUGAACAGGUGGGGUGGAGCUGAAGCUGGAGCAAUCUGCUCUGAGCAGCCUGGCAGUGGGACCACCUGCCUGCAGCACAUCAGCCCCUGGCCCUGUUGGGUGUUGUGCUGUGGCUCCCACACAAAAGGCCAGCAUUUCCCAACUCUCUUGCUUUGGGCUGUUGUUUGGGGACCCUUUGAGCCUGUCAGCUUGGGAAGCCCCUUGGGUUCUGCUGCUAUGCAUGGCUCUAGAGGUGACAUUCUGCAGGAGCAGUGGCUUGUCACAUCCUCCUCCUGCCAGCACAGACCCCAGGACAGAGCCGGGCUCUGUGGGUGGGGAGAACCCAAAUGUGGUUGGGUUUCAGUCUGACAGUGUGAGCAGUGGGGAGAGGCAGCUUCUUGCAGACUAUUUCAUGGUGUCCUUUCAAAGUUCUUUGUCACUUGUAUGUCUGUGCUGAUUUUUUUCUGCACGUGUGGGUGCAGCUGAACACUGGGGACCAGCAGUUGGUGGGGGAUGCUGGUUGUGCUGGCAGGGGCUGUGGGGUCCAAUCCCUGCUGCCAUGAGGCACAGUCCCUGCUGCUGUGAGCACAGUCCCUGCUGCCAGUGGCCCAGGAGUGACAGAUCCCAGCUGGGGAUGUGGGAUUGCCCUGUGCAGCACAGCAGCCCCCCAGCACCAGCCCUGGAGCCAUUGUGAUGUGUACAAGCUUAGGUUACUGCAAGUGUUUAUAAAGUUUUCAUGAAGUGAAACAACCAUCUCAGUGUGCUUUGUUCUUCACAAUCUCUGUCCCCACUUCUGUCCCCUCUGCAGGCAGGCCCAGCUCUGUGCCCCAGGGUGACCACACAGGGCUGUGUCCAUGGGACUGGCAGUGGCCUGGGCUCUGCCAUAGCCCCACUCCAGGUUUACAGUCCCCAGAGCUGGUUUUCUGCAUUUUUCUGACUGGAGAAGCUGCCCUGAAUAUUCCUGUGCUGCCACAAUGCCUGGGCAGCAUUCUGUGCCAUGGGUCACUGAAACUCCAAUUUUCCUGUAACCACUAAUGGCUUCUUUCCAUCUAUCCAGCACUCUUGUCCCCUCCUUACAUCUUUCUCUUUUACAUUUCCCCCCACCUUUUGACUCUGACAUUGUGCACCAGUGUUUGCUUCUCAGGCCUCUUGCUUUCCUUUAACAGGAGAGAGAGCAGCUUCUCUCUAUGGCACAGGAAUCUCUCAGCUAGCUGUGGACCCUGGAUUUCUGGAGAAGCCUGACAGUGGUGACAGCUCCAGAGGUUGUUCCUGGUGGCCUGGGGAUAGCUGAGCUGCUCCCACAGCCACAAGGGUCCCCAGCUGGAGAAGGGGAACGUUCCCACCCACACCCUGCCAGGGCUGGUUGCUGUUUUCGGGAUCCUCCCGCAAUUAUUUUGUGCGGGCUCAGCCCCUGCCUGCGGGCUCCUGCUGCAGCACUGGCCAGGUUUGCCAGCUCUCAGAGGUCUGUGCCAUGCCCUGGCUCUGGGCCCAGGCAGCCAGAGCACUCCCAUGGACACAAUGCACCUGGAGCAGCAGCUGGAGGGUUUCCUGCUUGCUUUUUCUGGCUUCUUGUUUUUCUCAAAAGUUUCCUUGUGGGGCUGUAACUUUUGCAUUCAAAACUGUUUUCUUUCCUCAUUAGGUCUCUGUGAAGUGAUAAUGAACUGGAGGCACUGCCCCAACAAUCCUUGUCUCCCAACCCACAGGUGCCUGGCUUGCUCUCUUACGGAAAACAUUUUGAUUCAAUAUGAGCAAGAAAAUUAUUUUCCAGCACAAGUGAAACCUUUCAGUUUUUUAUAGAGAGAAGAUAGCAAAACAAGCAGUUCCAAAGCUUGAGCCUGAGCCUCAGUGAGUUCUUCCCAGAGGAAGAAUUUGAAGAGGCCAAAGACUCUGCAGCAGACACAUCUGUGUGAUAAAUUUAGAAUUGAAAUAUACUUAGUGGAGCAGUGACAUCUGAAAUUUAUGUGCUACACAGAGACCCAUGAAGGCGCCGGAAUCCACCCACGUGGGAGUCCUUGGAGGAUCAGAGCUGGAGUUUUCAGCUCUGUAGUUCUCCCUGGCCCAUCCCACUGCACCAUUACCCAUCUGGAUGCUCCGAGCUGGGAGCAGCUCCCCGUGCUGGGCGGGUUCCUGGCAGCCCUUAGCAGGUUUCUUGGCCCGUACACAUGGCUGUAAAUCAGGUCAGGCCUCCAAAAAAUCCUGUGAUUGGCUUAAACAAUCAGGAGAUGCUUUGAACCAUUAAAGGCCAUAAUGUUUUCCA